ACUCACUACCCCUGACACCAUGAGCUACUACGGCAGCUACUACGGAGGCCUGGGCUAUGGCUAUGGAGGCUUCGGUGGCCUGGGCUAUGGCUAUGGAUGUGGAUGUGGCAGCUUCCGCAGACUGGGUUCUGGCUGUGGCUAUGGAGGCUACGGAUAUGGCUGCUACCGCCCAUCAUACUAUGGAGGAUAUGGAUUCUCUGGAUUCUAUUAA